GCGUUUCCAGCCGGACCCCUUCGCGGCGGACCAAGAUGGCGCCGCCCAGAGCUGCGUAACGUGUUCUGGAGAAGAGCGGAGCGUUCCUGGCGCGGCUUUGGCCGGGACGGUGGCCAUGGCGACGGCGGGCCCCGGACGGACCGUGCUGGUGCAGGGCCUGCCCCCCUCGGCCCGCGCCCCGGACCUGGAGCGCGAGUUCAGCCGGGUGGGGCCGGUGCGGCGGGCGGUGGCCGUCACGGAGCCCGGCCAUGAGACAUGCCGUGGGUUUGGCUUUGUUACUUUCUCCUUGUCGGAGGAUGCUCAGAGAGCCAUCCAAGAGAUCACAACCUUUGAGAACCGCAAGCUCAAUGUAACACUUGCUAAUCCAAAGCCCAGAAACAAAGGGAAGAAGAAAGGAGAUGCCUCCAAGGCUCCCCAGGGCACUCAGAAGCCCCCAAAGACAAAAGGCGCCUCCAAAAAAGCCAGGCUGAUCAUUCGCAAUCUGAGCUUCAAGUGCACAGAAGAUGACCUGAAGGCUGCCUUUGCUCCGUUUGGCACUGUGCUGGAAGCAACCCUCCCCAGGAAACCAGACGGGAAGCUGCGUGGGUUUGCCUUCGUACAGUUCAAAAAUGUCCUGGAAGCAGCAAAGGCUCUGAAGGGGAUGAACAUGAAGGAGAUCAAAGAGCGCCCCGUUGCCGUGGACUGGGCCGUGGCCCGGGACAAGUACCAAGCGAUGCAGGCUGCAGCAGCUCUUCCAGGAGUCCAGAAGCAGCAGCUCAGUCAGGCCCAGGAGGACGGUGAGGACCAAGAGGCCGCCGUGGCAUUGGCUGAGCCCUCGAGGCAGGGCAGGUACUUCGAAUGCCAGAACCCAGCUGUGGAGGAGGAGGAGGAGGAGGAGGAGGAGGAGGAGGUGGAGGAGUCUGGCCAGACAGGGAGCUGCGAUCAGGCCAAGGACAGCAGCGAGGAAGAAGACCCGGAGCCCAGCCAGGCCGGCAGCUCUGAUGAAGACGCAGAAGAGAGCGAGGAGGAAGAGGGAGAAGGAGAAGCUGGAGAUCCCUCAAGGCAGAAGAAGAAGACGAAGAAGAAGAAGGAUGCAAAGCUCCCAUCAGAUGUCACUGAAGGAAGGACUCUCUUCAUCAGGAACCUGUCCUUUGAUACUGAGGAGGAGGAACUGGAACAGCUGCUGGAGCAGUUUGGGGAUCUCAGAUACGUGCGGAUUGUCUUGUAUCCCAGCACAGAGCACUCCAAAGGCUGUGCCUUUGCCCAGUUCCUGACCCAGGAAGCUGCCCAGAAAUGUCUACAGGUGGCUCAGGAUGACAGUGAGGCUGGAGGGCUGCAGCUGGAGGGCCGCCGCCUGCGAGUGGACCUGGCCGUCAGCCGGGAGGAAGCCCAGCAGCUGCGGAGCAAGAAGGUGGAGAAGCCCACUGGCACCCGGAAUCUCUACCUGGCCCGCGAAGGCUUGAUCCGUGCCGGCACCAAAGCUGCGGAAGGUCUGAGUGCUGCCGACCUGGCCAAGAGGGCACGGUUUGAGGAGCUGAAGCACCAGAAGCUGAAGGACCAGAACAUCUUUGUGUCUCGCACAAGGCUCUGCGUCCACAACCUGCCCAAGAGCGUCGACGACUCCCGGCUCCGGAAGCUGAUGCUGCGUGCGGUUGCCAGCAUGCCCCGUGUGCGGAUCAAGGAGUGCCGGGUCAUGCGGGACCUGAAGGCGCCGGCUGGGAAGGGGCGGGGCCAGUCCCUGGGCUACGCCUUUGUGGAGUUCCCGGAGCACGAGCAGGCGCUGGCGGCCUUGCGCCACGUCAACAACAACCCCCAGCUCUUUGGGGACCAGAAGCGGCCCAUCGUGGAGUUCUCUCUGGAGGACCGGCGGAAGCUGAGGCUGAAAGAGCAGCGAGCCCAGCACAGCCUGCAAAAGCUGAGGCAGAAGCAAGCAGCCGAGGGGCCAGCAGGCAGGGGGCUCAAGGCCAGCGCCAGGCAGGCGGAGGCCCCUGGGAAACAGGCCCUGAAGGUCCAGGGCCGGAAGCAGGCCCCGCAAGCAGUAGAAGGGACUCCGCUGGACCCCAAGGUGCACAAGGCCCCCCGGAAGAGGCCCAGGGACAUCCCAGCACCCCCGCGGCCUCCUCCUCCAGGCCCCCCGUCUGCAGACGGCGCUGCUGUGUCCUGGGCAGGUUUCCAGACGCGGGCAGAAGUGGAGCAAGUGCUGUUGCCAGAUGGCAAGAAGCGCCCCAAGGUCCUGGCUCUGCCCUCUCACCGGGGACCCAAAAUCAGGCAGCGCAACAAGGUCAAAGGGCCGCUGCCUCCUGCCCAGAAGAAGUCGCAGAGCCACAGAGGGGCCCCCCGCAAGCCACAGAGCCAGGAGAAGCUCCCUGGGGCCCCCAAGCAGGCGCCCAAGCGCAACAGCCGGGCGGGACGCAGCCGGGCAGAGGCCCACUUUGAGCAGCUGGUGGAACAAUACAAGCGCAAGCUCCUGGGCGGCAGCGGCAGCAAGAACGCUCUGCCUGCCAAGAAGAGCAAAUGGUUUGAGAGCUGAGCCGCUCCAGAGGCAGGACGUGGCUGGUGCAGUUGCGGGGCGGGGGGGUGGUGUUCUUGGCCAGCUCCUCUGCCGCCACCCCACUGCCUUGGCCUGGGUGCCUCUGCAAGCCGCCUGCUGCUGGGACUGCAGUGGGCUGUUUCCAGGGCCAGCUUCUUGCAGCCGUUGCCUGUUGAGCAGCUCUUCUUGGGGAGGAGGCAGCGGCUGCCCCCAAAGAAGCCUCUGCUGGUCCAGCACUAGGGUGGAGGCUGGGGUGGUGCCGGGUUGUGAGCCGCAAGUGAAUUGUGGAGAGCCCCUCUCCUGGGCCACCAGGGUGGCUGCCACCCUCUUCCUGGGCUGUUCCCCUGGGCCUGUCCGCUCCCCACUCUCCUCUAGGGCGUGUGGGAGCAGCUUGCUCUGGACAGCCCGGACUCCCUCAUCGCCCUCCCGCUUACUGGAGCAAGACCGGGUCGGGGGGGGGGCGCUCUAAACGUUGGACCGUCUUCUGGCCAAAUGGCCAGUCUUAUAUGCUAAGAUGUAUUUUCAAUCAAAGUAUUUUUCAAAAUUG